AUGAACGCCAUGGCCCACACCUUGCAGCAGGCCCUGAAGAUCGAGAAGUCUACGCCAGAGCAGCAGCAGGAAUUCCUGCGGUCCCUCAAAUGCGAGGUAUCCUGCGAGGCGGAGCACGUGAUUCCGGAGCCUGGCGCUGCACCUCCAGACCCGUGCAGGAGGGAGGGGUCCAUCGAGACCAGCAAGAUCGCGGAGAUGAUCAUCGCAGGGAAGACGCCGACGCCGUCCGAGGUGCUCGCGUACUUCAACGGGCAGCUGAAGGAGCGCAUCUGCUUCCUGGAUGGCGGCAUGGGCACGCGCAUCCAGGCGGAGAACCUGCAGGAGGAGGACUACCGGGGAGAGCGCUUCAAGGAUUGGAGCGCGAUCGAUGCGAACGGCGUGCCAGUGUCUCUGAAGGGCAACAACGACCUGCUGAUAUUGAGCAAGCCCGACAUGAUCAAGGACAUCCACGCCGAGUACUUCAGGGGCGGCUCGGACAUCUGCGAGACCAACACCUUUAACGGCACUGCGAUUUCCCAGGGCGAGUACAAGAUGCAGGAAGUCGUGUACGAGGUGAACAAGGUAGGAGCGGAGCUCGCCAAGAAGGCUGCCGCCGAGGUGACGAAGGACGAGCCGCACAAGCCUCGCUUCGUGGCUGGUGCCAUCGGUCCCACGAGCCGCACACUGUCGGUGUCUCCAAGCGUCGAGGACCCGUCAUUCCGCAACGUGACCUGGGACGAGCUGGUCGACAGCUACAAGGACCAGGUCAAGGGGCUGGUUGACGGAGGCGUCGACCUCUUGAUGAUCGAAACAAUUUUCGACACCCAGAACUCGAAGGCAGCGAUCUUCGCAGUCGACGAGUAUUUCUUAGAGUCGGGCAAGGAGCGCCUGCCAGUUAUGCUUAGUGCCACCAUCGUGGACAACAGUGGCCGCACGCUGUCGGGCCAGACGAUCGAGGCAUUCUACGUGAGCGUCAAGCAUGCCAAAGCGUUCACCGUAGGCAUCAACUGUGCCCUUGGGGCUGCGCAGAUGAAGAAAUUCUACAAUAUGCUCACGGACAUGAACACUGGUUGGUGCCAUGUCUACCCGAACGCAGGCCUUCCUAACGCCAUGGGCGGCUACGAUGAGGAUCCGGAAAUCUUCUCCACGAACGUGUACGACUACGCUAAAGAUGGCUUGUUGAACUUCGUUGGUGGAUGCUGCGGCACGUUCCCAUCGCACAUUGCUGCGGUAGUCAAGAAAGUGAAGGACUGCCCACCAAGGAAGCUUCCCGACCUGCCGAAGUACCCAUGCAUGCAGCUGUCAGGGCUGGAGCCGUGCAUCCUGAAGGAGGACAGCGGCUUUCAGUGGGUCGGAGAGCGGUGCAAUCUGAUGGGCUCUGCCAAGUUCAAGAAGCUGGUCGACGCCUACAAGUGGGACGAAGCUAUGGAGGUCUGCCUGGCGCAGUGCGAGAAGAAGGCAGACAUUUUGGACUUCAACUUUGACUCAGACUUGAUCGACGGUCAGUCCGCGAUGGGUAAGUUCAUGCGUCUUUGCGUCACCGAGCCCAAUGUGGCCAGGUUGCCGUUCAUGAUCGACUCUUCCAAAUGGCCAGUGAUCGAGGAGGGGCUGAAGUGUGUCCAAGGCAAGAGCAUUGUUAACUCUAUCUCCUUGAAGGUCGGCGAAGAGGAGUUCCUGAGGCAGGCGAAGCUUUGCAUGCGCUAUGGCGCAGCCGUGGUCGUCAUGGCUUUCGACGAGCAGGGCCAGGCAGCCACGCUUGAGGACAAGGUGCGCAUUUGCCAACGCAGUUACAAGCUGAUGCGUACUAAAAUCGAUUUCCCACCUGAGGACAUCAUCUUCGACUGCAAUGUGCUCACGAUCGCCACAGGACUGCCGGAACAUAACUCGUACGGCAUCGACUUCAUCAACGCAGUCGCUGAGCUUAAGCGAACCUGCCCGUGCAUUUCGUUCAGCGGUGGCCUGAGCAAUCUUUCGUUCUCGUUCCGCGGCCUCAACUCAGUUCGCGACGCGAUGCAUUCCGUUUUUUUGUACCACGCGGUCCCGAAGGGCUUGAACAUGUCCAUCGUGAACCCAGGCGGCCUUCCGCGGUACACGGACAUCGACGAGAACACGCGGAAGCUGUGCGAGGAGGUGAUUCUGAACAAUUCGGCGGACGGGCAGCAUGUGGAGCGUUUCCUCGAGUUCGCUGAGAGAGUGAAGAACCCCCCGGCGGCACCGGCGCCAGUCGCAGCCGCGCCACCAAUCAAGAUUGACAAGUCCACGCCCGAGCAGCAGCAGAGCUUCCUGAAGUCGCUCAAGUGCGAGGUGUCCUGCGAGGCGGAGCACGUGAUUCCGAAGUCUGGCGCUGCACCUCCAGACCCGUGCAGGAGGGAGGGGUCCAUCGAGACCAGCAAGAUCGCGGAGAUGAUCAUCGCAGGGAAGACGCCGACGCCGUCCGAGGUGCUCGCGUACUUCAACGGGCAGCUGAAGGAGCGCAUCUGCUUCCUGGAUGGCGGCAUGGGCACGCGCAUCCAGGCGGAGAACCUGCAGGAGGAGGACUACCGGGGAGAGCGCUUCAAGGAUUGGAGCGCGAUCGAUGCGAACGGCGUGCCAGUGUCUCUGAAGGGCAACAACGACCUGCUGAUUUUGAGCAAGCCCGACAUGAUCAAGGACAUCCACGCCGAGUACUUCAGGGGCGGCUCGGACAUCUGCGAGACCAACACCUUUAACGGCACUGCGAUUUCCCAGGGCGAGUACAAGAUGCAGGAAGUCGUGUACGAGGUGAACAAGGUAGGAGCGGAGCUCGCCAAGAAGGCUGCCGCCGAGGUGACGAAGGACGAGCCGCACAAGCCUCGCUUCGUGGCUGGUGCCAUCGGUCCCACGAGCCGCACACUGUCGGUGUCUCCAAGCGUCGAGGACCCGUCGUUCCGCAACGUGACCUGGGACGAGCUGGUCGACAGCUACAAGGACCAGGUCAAAGGGCUGGUUGACGGAGGCGUCGACCUCUUGAUGAUCGAAACCAUUUUCGACACCCAGAACUCGAAGGCAGCGAUCUUCGCAGUCGACGAGUAUUUCUUAGAGUCGGGCAAGGAGCGCCUGCCAGUUAUGCUUAGUGCCACCAUUGUAGACAACAGUGGCCGCACGCUGUCGGGCCAGACGAUCGAGGCAUUCUACGUGAGCGUCAAGCAUGCCAAAGCGUUCACCGUAGGCAUCAACUGUGCCCUUGGGGCUGCGCAGAUGAAGAAAUUCUACAAUAUGCUCACGGACAUGAACACUGGUUGGUGCCAUGUCUACCCGAACGCAGGCCUUCCUAACGCCAUGGGCGGCUACGAUGAGGAUCCGGAAAUCUUCUCCACGAACGUGUACGACUACGCAAAGGAUGGCUUGUUGAACUUCGUUGGUGGAUGCUGCGGCACGUUCCCAUCGCACAUUGCUGCGGUGGUCAAGAAAGUGAAGGACUGCCCACCAAGGAAGCUUCCCGAGCUGCCGAAGUAUCCAUGCAUGCAGCUGUCAGGGCUGGAGCCUUGUAUCCUGAAGGAGGACAGCGGCUUCCAGUGGGUCGGAGAGCGGUGCAACUUGAUGGGCUCUGCCAAGUUCAAGAAGCUGGUCGACGCCUACAAGUGGGACGAAGCUAUGGAGGUCUGCCUGGCGCAGUGCGAGAAGAAGGCGGACAUUUUGGACUUCAACUUCGACUCGGACUUGAUCGACGGGCAGUCCGCGAUGGGUAAGUUCAUGCGUCUUUGCGUCACCGAGCCCAAUGUGGCCAGGUUGCCGUUCAUGAUCGACUCUUCCAAGUGGCCAGUGAUCGAGGAGGGGCUGAAGUGUGUGCAGGGCAGGAGCAUUGUGAACUCCAUCUCCUUGAAGGUCGGCGAGGAGGAGUUCCUGAGGCAGGCGAAGCUCUGCAUGCGCUAUGGCGCAGCCGUGGUCGUCAUGGCUUUCGACGAGCAGGGCCAGGCGGCCACGCUUGAGGACAAGGUUCGCAUUUGCCAACGCAGUUACAAGCUGAUGCGCACCGAGCUGGAUUUCCCACCUGAGGACAUCAUCUUCGACUGCAAUGUGCUCACGAUCGCCACAGGACUGCCGGAACAUAACUCGUACGGCAUCGACUUCAUCAACGCAGUCGCUGAGCUUAAGCGAACCUGCCCGUGCAUUUCGUUCAGCGGUGGCCUGAGCAAUCUUUCGUUCUCGUUCCGCGGCCUCAACUCAGUUCGCGACGCGAUGCACUCCGUUUUUUUGUACCACGCGGUCCCGAAGGGCUUGAACAUGUCCAUCGUGAACCCAGGCGGCCUUCCGCGGUACACGGACAUCGACGAGAACACACGGAAGUUGUGCGAGGAGGUGAUUCUGAACAAUUCGGCGGACGGGCAGCAUGUGGAGCGUUUCCUCGAGUUCGCUGAGAGAGUGAAGAACCCCCCGGCGGCGCCCGCAGCUGUGGCCGAGCAGCCCCUAAAGAUCCAGAAGUCGACGCCCGAGCAGCAGCAGAGCUUCCUGAAGUCGCUCAAGUGCGAGGUGUCCUGCGAGGCGGAGCACGUGGUGCCAGAGCCUGGCGUCGCACCUCCAGACCCGUGCAGGAGGGAGGGGUCCAUCGAGACCAGCAAGAUCGCGGAGAUGAUCAUCGCAGGGAAGACGCCGACGCCCUCCGAGGUGCUCGCGUACUUCAACGGGCAGCUGAAGGAGCGCAUCUGCUUCCUGGAUGGCGGCAUGGGCACGCGCAUCCAGGCGGAGAACCUGCAGGAGGAGGACUACCGGGGAGAGCGCUUCAAGGAUUGGAGCGCGAUCGAUGCGAACGGCGUGCCAGUGUCUCUGAAGGGCAACAACGACCUGCUGAUUUUGAGCAAGCCCGACAUGAUCAAGGACAUCCACGCCGAGUACUUCAGGGGCGGCUCGGACAUCUGCGAGACCAACACCUUUAACGGCACUGCGAUUUCCCAGGGCGAGUACAAGAUGCAGGAAGUCGUGUACGAGGUGAACAAGGUAGGAGCGGAGCUCGCCAAGAAGGCUGCCGCCGAGGUGACGAAGGACGAGCCGCACAAGCCUCGCUUCGUGGCAGGUGCCAUCGGUCCCACGAGCCGCACACUGUCGGUGUCUCCAAGCGUCGAGGACCCGUCGUUCCGCAACGUGACCUGGGACGAGCUGGUCGACAGCUACAAGGACCAGGUCAAAGGGCUGGUUGACGGAGGCGUCGACCUCUUGAUGAUCGAAACCAUUUUCGACACCCAGAACUCGAAGGCAGCGAUCUUCGCAGUCGACGAGUAUUUCUUAGAGUCGGGCAAGGAGCGCCUGCCAGUUAUGCUUAGUGCCACCAUCGUGGACAACAGUGGCCGCACGCUGUCGGGCCAGACGAUCGAGGCAUUCUACGUGAGCGUCAAGCAUGCCAAAGCGUUCACCGUAGGCAUCAACUGUGCCCUCGGGGCUGCGCAGAUGAAGAAAUUCUACAAUAUGCUCACGGACAUGAACACUGGUUGGUGCCAUGUCUACCCGAACGCAGGCCUUCCUAACGCCAUGGGCGGCUACGAUGAGGAUCCGGAAAUCUUCUCCACGAACGUGUACGACUACGCUAAAGAUGGCUUGUUGAACUUCGUUGGUGGAUGCUGCGGCACGUUCCCAUCGCACAUUGCUGCGGUAGUCAAGAAAGUGAAGGACUGCCCACCAAGGAAGCUUCCCGAGCUGCCGAAGUAUCCAUGCAUGCAGCUGUCAGGGCUGGAGCCUUGUAUCCUGAGGGAGGACAGCGGCUUCCAGUGGGUCGGAGAGCGGUGCAACUUGAUGGGCUCUGCCAAGUUCAAGAAGCUGGUCGACGCCUACAAGUGGGACGAAGCUAUGGAGGUCUGCCUGGCGCAGUGUGAGAAGAAGGCAGACAUUUUGGACUUCAACUUCGACUCGGACUUGAUCGACGGGCAGUCCGCUAUGGGCAAGUUCAUGCGUCUAUGCGUCACCGAGCCCAACGUGGCGAAACUGCCGUUCAUGAUCGACUCUUCCAAGUGGCCUGUGAUCGAGGAGGGGCUGAAGUGUGUGCAGGGCAGGAGCAUCGUGAACUCCAUCUCCCUGAAGGUCGGCGAGGAGGAGUUCCUGAGGCAGGCGAAGCUUUGCAUGCGCUAUGGCGCAGCCGUGGUCGUCAUGGCUUUCGACGAGCAGGGCCAGGCGGCCACGUUUGAGGACAAGGUGCGCAUUUGCCAGCGCAGUUACAGGCUGAUGCGCGCAAAACUCGAUUUCCCGCCUGAGGACAUCAUCUUCGACUGCAAUGUGCUCACGAUCGCCACAGGACUGCCCGAGCACAACUCGUACGCACUCGAUUUCAUCAACGCAGUGGCGGAGAUUAAGCGCACAUGCCCAUGUGUCUCGUUCAGUGGCGGCCUAAGCAAUCUUUCGUUCUCGUUCCGCGGCCUCAAUUCGCUGCGUGAUGCCAUGCAUUCCGUUUUCUUGUACCACGCGGUCCCAAAGGGCCUGAACAUGUCCAUCGUGAAUCCAGGAGCCCUGCCACGGUACACGGACAUUGAUCCAAAGGCUCGCGCGCUGAUGGAGGAGGUGAUAUUGAACAAGUCUGCCGACGGAAAGCACGUGGAGCGCUUCCUCGAGUUCGCCGAGCUCGUGAAGAACCCGCCCAAGGCUGCCGCAGGCCAGACGGGCGCCGGGCCCGCCGCGCAGAACGCGAAGGACGCGUGGCGCAACGGCACGUACACCGAGCGCCUGCACCACGGCCUGAUCAACGGCAUCGACAAGUUCAUCGACGGGGACGUGGAGGAGGCGCGCGCAGACCUCAAGGUGCCGCUGACCGUCAUCGAGGGGCCGCUGAUGCAGGGCAUGGGCAUCAUCGGGGACCUGUUCGGCGCCGGCAAGAUGUUCCUCCCGCAGGUCAUCAAGAGCGCCCGCGUGAUGAAGAAGGCCGUCGCCUACCUGACGCCCUUCAUGGAGGAGGAGAAGCGCGCUGCCGCGCUAGCCAAUGGCGAGGACCCAGACCAGCCCAAGUGGAACGGCACCGUGCUGAUGGCCACCGUGAAGGGCGACGUGCACGACAUCGGCAAGAACAUCGUGGGCGUUGUCCUCGGCUGCAACAACUACAGGGUCGUGGAUAUGGGUGUCAUGGUGCCCUGCGAGAAGAUCCUGGACAGGGCCAUCGAGGAGAAGGUGGACGUCAUCGGACUCUCCGGCCUCAUCACUCCUUCCCUGGACGAGAUGGUGUACGUGGCCGAGCAGAUGAAAGUCAGGGGCAUGAAGGUCCCGCUCAUGAUCGGCGGGGCCACGACGUCGAAGCGGCACACCGCAGUCAAGCUCGCCACCAAGUACGACCACGGUGUCAUCCACGUGCUGGACGCGUCCAGGAGCUGUACCGUGGUGAGCAGCGUCCUGUCCAGCGAGAAGACCGCCUACCUUGAGGAUAUCCAGGACGAGUACACCGAGAUCCGCGACGAGUACUAUGCGACACUGAUCGACAAGAAGUGGAAGUCGCUCGCCUUCGCCCAGAAGGCCAAGCCUACGAUCGACUGGUCGAAGACGCCGCCGAAGCCGAAGUUUCUUGGCAACCUCUGCAUAAAGAACCACCCCAUCACUGAGAUAGUCAAGUACAUCGACUGGACGCCGUUCUUCCAGGUGUACCAGCUCCGGGGCAAGUACCCGAAUCGCGACUACCCCGCCAUCUUCAAUGACCCGCGCGUGGGUCCGGAGGCCGAGAAGCUGUUUGCGGAGGCCAAGGAGAUGCUCGACUGGAUCGUGAAGGAAAACAUCCUGCAGGCCACGGGCGUCGUCGGCAUCUGGCCUGCGAACUCCGUGGGCGACGACAUCGAGGUGUAUACGGACGAGGAGCGCACCACCGUGGCGUGUAAGUUCUACGGCCUGCGCCAGCAGCUGGACAUGGGGGAGGCCACGUACUGGUGCCAGGGCGACUUCAUCGCUCCCAAGGGCGAGUGCCCAGACUACAUCGCCGCCUUCGCGAACACCGGGGGACUCGGCUGCCACGAGCAGAGGAAGAAAUUCGAGGACAAUGGAGAUAUCGACAAGGCCAUCCUGCUGGAGGCGCUUGCCGACCGCCUGGCGGAGGCCUUUGCGGAGCUGAUCCACGAGAAGAUCAGGACCACCCUCUGGGGCUACGCGCCUGACGAGAAGCUCUCGCUGCAGGACCUGCUCAAGGUGCGCUACCAGGGCAUCCGGCCCGCGCCAGGGUACCCUUCGCAGCCCGACCACCGCGAGAAGAAGACGAUGUGGGACCUGCUGGACAUCGACAAGCUGUCCGAGGGCGCGUUGACCCUCACGGAGUCCUACAUGAUGCUGCCGGGCGCGUCCGUCUCGGCGCUCUGCUUCGCGCACCCGCAGGCGCAGUACUUCUCCGUCGGGCAGGUCAACAAGGACCAGGUGGAGGCAUACGCCGCGCGCCGCGGCGAGGCCGACGUCGAGGGCACCGAGCGCUGGCUGGGCAGCACAGUGCUGGGCUACGAGAAGAAGUGA